AUGUCCUACGCCGUGAGGAGGCCCGUCGACCCCUCGCGGUCCAGCGGCCAGGCCUCUGCCGACACACCCACGACGGCCACGGUCCUCGACUACGCGUGCCUCUUCACGCACGACCUGCGCCGCAAGCAGAAGCGCUGGCAGGAUGGCAAGCUCAAGUUCCAUACCUUCAACAAGCGCAUAAUGGUGUACGAUGACCGGGGCAACUUCGUCGGCGACUCGCACUGGCGCUCGAGCGACGUCCUGGACGAGGGCGAGGAGCUGCAGCUUGAUCGCGGGAGCGCUAUUGUCCAGAUUUCAGACUGCACGGGCUCGCGCGAGCAGGAUCUCACCGAUCUCCUCGACAAGCGGGCCAAGGAGGUGGAGCAGCGGAGGGCCACCGCCGCGGCCAAGACCACUCCCGUGCAGCAGACCCCCGUUAGGCGACGCGAGGGCCAGCCGCAGCCGCACUUUCAGCUGAAGCACCGGCCGCUCAGCGCCAUUGUGCCGAGCCCUGGACCGAUUGGCCGCGCGGCGAUUCCGGACCGUUCGCCCUUUGAGACCAGGCGCGCUGAGGCGGGGGGAGAGCAGCAGCCGCCCGCCGCCAAGAAGAGGAGGCUGAGCACGUCGCCGCCGAGCAAAAAGGGGUUCGCGCAGAGUCUGUUUGGGGCCCGGCUGACACUUUCGUCGUGUCCUGCGCCAACGCCACCGCCCAGGGUGAGGGCGUCCAAGGAGAAGCUCGACGCGAGGAUUGAGGGGCCGACGGUGAGCCAAGAUAUCGCCGAAAAAGAAGACGACGACGUAGUGAUGCUGGAUGGACCUCCGCUAGGAGCGCGCGAUACGACCGCAAAAUCAGCACAACCUAGAACUGAGUCUGCAAAGGUGAUACCGGUUGUUGCCUCGCGGGACACGUCCUGGAAACCACCACGGGCCAAGGCCGGCGCCGACAUUGAAAAGAGAAACCUAUCACGGCACCCUCAGCGAGAUGAAUCACCCGGCUUGCACGUGCUGGAAAGCGCGCAGCCCGCUGCUGGGGCCGGGGAGAAGGCCCGAGAAAAGGCUGACAAUAGAGCGAUGGCAGCCCAGUCUUUAGCAAAUGGAUCGCGACAAGCUGUCUCUCGGAAAUUGAUCAGCCGCGACGUAGAACAGACGGCUGACCAGUGCUCGGCGCAGAAGAGCCCCGAAAACGUGCCUCUGCCCAAAAGUCAAGGACCAAAAGCAGAGCCGCGGACAGAGCUACGGAUCAAGUCGCGGCAAAAACGAGGACUGCUCAUGAUGUCUGAGACAAGGCCACAGCCACGCGACGCCCUGGCCAGGCGGCGGCCGGAGCGAAGCACCUAA